AUGACCGCAGCCGCCGUGACCCUGCGCUCGCAUGAGCCACCUAUCCCAGUAGGGUCCAACGAAGGAAAGGUUGCGCUGGAAAACCUAGGCUGGCUCAGACCAACAUCUAAAGGCACUCCUAUUUCUGAAAUGCGCAAGAGGCUGAAAGAAGAUGGUUAUUUAUUCGUGAAGAGUUUGAUUCCAAGGGAGGAUGUGCUAAAAGUCCGAUCCGAAUACUUCACUCGAUAUGCUCCAACCGGAAUACUGGAACCGGGAACAUCAACGGAAGCCGGCAUAUUCAACUCGAACCAAUCACCCCAAGCCCACGGCGGCAUCGGUGCCGGCGAACUCCCUCCCACAGAUUUACAGGUCACAACAAUGACCGACGCACACAAAGCACCGGAAUAUCUCAACUUUGUGGCACACACCGACCUACGGAGUUUUAUCAGGAACUUAAUGAGGUGGGACAACGAAGUCCUCCUCCAGCGUACAAUGCUUCGUCACAACGUCCCCGGCGCACUAAGCACAGCGGUGCAUUACGACAAACUAUUCCUCAGAGGUGGCGAGGCCUUCUUCCUCACCGCAUGGGUUCCGAUCGGGGACGUGUCACAAAAUGGAGGUGGACUGAUGUAUCUUGCUGACUCUGUGGGACUCGGCAGAUCUAUCGAGGAGGACUUCACUCGCAGAGCAGCCGAAUUGACCCCAGAAGAGAGGAUGAGCGCGUUCAACAUCCAUAUGGAAAAGUAUGGACAACUAUCACAGAAUGCUGCUGAAUUUGGUGCGCAGCACAAACACCAGCGGUGGCUCGUGACCAAUUACGAAGCUGGGGAUGUGGUAUUCCACGACCCAUAUAUGAUUCACACGAGUUCAUUAAACGAAGACGCCGACGGUAGAAUCCGUCUGAGUACCGACUUGAGAUUUUAUCGCGAAGGAAGCGAUUUGGAUCCAAGGUGGAUGAAGUUUUGGGCGCCGGGUGACGGGCUAUGA